UGACAACUGAGACGCACAGAAAGUGACGCCGACUUAAUGACUCUUCCUGUGUUUGGCUGCUUGAGUUCCAUUUUAGUGGCCAUUAUUAAUCAUUGUACCGAAGAACACUGAACUUUGAAAAAAAUGUUGGAAACCAUUGACAAGCAUCGAGCCUUGCAGGCAGCUGAGCGCUUACAAGCCAAGCUUCGAGAACGUGGGGACGCAGCGAACGAAGACAAGCUGAGCCUCCUGAAGUCAGUCCUGCAGAGCCCUCUCUUCAGUCAGAUCCUGAACCUUCAGACUUCUGUGCAGCAGCUGAAAGACCAGGUAAACACUGCAACUUCAAAUACUGAAUAUGCCCACGUUCCUCAUGUCAGUCCAGCUGUAAUUCCCACUCUGCAAAAUGAAUCAUUUUUAUUAUCUCCGAAUAAUGGGAAUCUGGAAGCACUUACAGGAUCUGGGACGCCACAUAUCAAUGGGAAACCUGCUUGUGACGAAUUUGAUCAGCUGAUCAAAAAUAUGGCUCAGGGUCGCCACAUAGAGGUUUUUGAGCUCCUCAAACCCUCCUGUGGCGGACUUGGGUUUAGUGUCGUGGGACUGCGGAGUGAAAACAGAGGCGAGCUGGGAAUAUUUGUACAAGAGAUCCAAGAAGGCAGCGUGGCUUACAGAGAUGGAAGAUUGAAAGAAACAGAUCAGAUUCUUGCUAUCAAUGGACAGGCACUUGAUCAGACAAUUACACACCAGCAGGCUAUCAGCAUCCUGCAGAAAGCCAAAGAUUCGGUCCAGCUGGUUAUCGCUAGAGGCUCGUUACCCUCGAUCAUGAGCCCCAUAGUUUCCCGUUCUCCAUCAGCAGCCAGCACGAUUUCAGCUCACUCUAAUCCGGUUCACUGGCAGCAUGUGGAAACUAUUGAAUUGGUAAAUGAUGGAUCAGGUCUGGGCUUUGGUAUCAUAGGAGGAAAAGCGACUGGUGUGAUAGUAAAAACCAUUCUGCCAGGAGGAGUCGCUGAUCAGCAUGGACGAUUAUGUAGCGGAGACCACAUUCUCAAGAUCGGUGACACAGAUCUAGCAGGAAUGAGCAGUGAGCAAGUAGCACAGGUCCUCAGGCAGUGUGGAAAUAGGGUUAAGUUGAUGAUUGCAAGAGGGGCCAUAGAAGAACACACAGCACCUGCCUCUUUGGGCAUCACCAUUUCCUCAUCCUCAUCUUCGACACCAGAGAUGCGGGUUGAUGCUUCCACUCAGAAAAGUGAAGAAAGUGAAACAUUUGAUGUGGAGCUCACUAAAAAUGUCCAAGGAUUAGGAAUUACCAUCGCUGGUUACAUUGGAGAUAAAAAAUUAGAACCCUCGGGAAUCUUUGUGAAGAGCAUUACAAAAAGCAGUGCUGUUGAACACGAUGGAAGAAUUCAAAUUGGAGAUCAGAUUAUAGCAGUCGAUGGCACAAACCUUCAGGGUUUUACCAAUCAACAAGCAGUAGAGGUCUUGCGACACACAGGACAAACUGUGCGCUUGACACUAAUGAGAAGGGGAGCAAAACAGGAAGUCGAGCUCACAUCAAGAGAGGACGUCACGAAGGAUGCCGAUCUCACUUCUUUUGGUGCCAGCAUACGCAAAGAAAAUUAUGAAAAAGAUGAAGAUUCUUUAUCCUUGAGGAGAAACACCAGCAUAUUGCCAAUUGAAGAAGAAGGGUAUUCAUUAUUGUCUGCUGAGAUAGAAGAAAUGGAAGAUGCACAACAGGAAGAAGCGACCUUGCUAACAAAGUGGCAAAGGAUUAUGGGAAUUAACUAUGAAAUAGUGGUAGCCCACGUGAGCAAGUUUAGUGAGAACAGUGGGCUUGGAAUAAGUUUGGAAGCAACAGUGGGACAUCAUUUUAUCCGAUCUGUUCUACCAGAAGGUCCUGUUGGACACAGCGGGAAGCUUUUCAGUGGAGAUGAGCUCUUGGAAGUAAAUGGUAUCACUUUGCUUGGGGAAAAUCACCAGGAUGUGGUGACUAUCUUAAAAGAACUGCCCAUAGAAGUGACCAUGGUGUGCUCUCGCCGAACUGUGCCACCCGCCACCCAGUCAGAAUUGGAUAGCCUGGACGUAUGCGACAUUGAACUCACAGAGAAGCCUCAUGUAGAUCUAGGUGAGUUCAUCGGAUCCUCAGAGACAGAAGAUCCCGUGCUGGCAAUGAUGGAUAUGGGUCAGAACACGGAUGAGGUUCAAGCGCCUUUGGCCAUGUGGGAGGUUGGCAUUCAGUCCAUUGAGCUGGAGAAGGGAAGCAAAGGACUUGGUUUUAGCAUUUUAGAUUAUCAGGAUCCAGUUGAUCCAGCAAGCACGGUGAUUGUCAUUCGUUCCUUGGUGCCUGGUGGCAUUGCUGAAAAGGAUGGGCGGCUUCUUCCUGGAGAUCGACUGGUGUUUGUCAACGACGUUAACUUGGAGAACAGCAGUCUUGAGGAAGCCGUGGAAGCACUGAAAGGAGCUCCCGCAGGCACCGUGAGAAUAGGCGUCGCCAAGCCUUUGCCUCUUUCACCAGAAGAAGGGUAUGUUUCUGCUAAGGAAGAUUCCUUUUUCUACCCACCACACUCCUGCGAGGAAGAAGGGCGGACUGACAAAGCCCUCUUUAGGACUGGCUUGGCUCUGGUGGACAUAAAUGAUGCUGACUUGGUUGAUGAAUCCACACUUGAGUCUCAGUACUCCCCAGACAAUGACAGCGUCUACUCCACCCAAGCCUCUAUUUUAUCUCUUCAUGGCAGUGCUUGUGGCGAUGGCCUGAACUAUGGUCCUUCCCUUCCAUUGUCUCCUCCUAAGGAUGUUAUUGAAAAUUCUUCUGACUCAGUACUUGAUCUGCAUAUGUCCUUGGAGGAACUAUACACCCAGAAUCUCCUGCAGAGACAGGACAAGAAUCCACCUUCCAUAGACAUGAGCAUGAGGCCUGCUUCUAACUUUACCAUAAAUGAUUAUACACCUGCAAACGCUUCUGAACAACAAUAUGAAUGUGAAAACCCAAUAACGUGGACUGAACCUCAGCUACCAAGUGACGUUAUAUCAAGUCCAGAACUUUCUUCUCCUGUGCUACCUGAUUUAACUGGAAAGAACUCCGAGUACUUGAUUGAACAGAGUUCCCUGGCCUCUAAUGCUGAGUGUACCAUGCUCCAAAAUGUUUCCAAAGAAUCUUUUGGAAGGACUAUUAUGAUAGCAAAAGGCAAUUCUAGCCUAGGGAUGACAGUAAGUGCUAAUAAAGAUGGCUUGGGGAUGAUUGUUCGAAGUAUUAUUCAUGGUGGUGCCAUUAGUCGAGAUGGCCGUAUUGCCGUUGGGGACUGCGUCUUGUCCAUUAAUGAAGAGUCUACCAUCAGUGUAACCAAUGCCCAGGCACGAGCCAUGUUGAGAAGACACUCUCUCAUUGGGCCCAACAUAAAAUUUUCUGCAGCACCUGCUGACGGUCGAGCCCCCUUUUGUGUAAUAACUUAUGUGCCUGCAGAACAUUUGGAAGAGUUCAAAAUAAGCUUGGGACAGCAAUCUGGAGGAAUGAUGGCACUGGACAUUUUUUCAUCAUACACUGGCAGAGACAUUCCAGAACUACCAGAGCGGGAAGAAGGAGAGGGAGAAGAAAGUGAACUUCAAAAUGCGGCCUACAGCAAUUGGAAUCAGCCCCGGCGGGUUGAACUUUGGAGAGAACCGAGCAAAUCCUUGGGCAUCAGCAUCGUUGGUGGACGAGGAAUGGGGAGUCGGCUAAGCAAUGGUGAAGUGAUGAGGGGCAUUUUCAUCAAACACGUUCUUGAAGAUAGUCCAGCUGGCAAAAAUGGAACCUUGAAACCUGGUGAUAGAAUAGUAGAGGUGGAUGGAAUGGACCUCAGAGAUGCCAGCCACGAACAAGCUGUGGAAGCCAUUCGGAAAGCAGGCGACCCCGUAGUCUUUAUGGUACAGAGCAUUAUAAACAGACCAAGGAAAUCCCCUUUGCCUUCCCUGCUGUACAACCUUUACCCUAAGCACAACUUGAGCAGCACUAACCCAUUUGCUGACUCCCAGCAGCUCCACGCUGACAAGGCACCCAGUCUGUCAGAGCCAGAGCCAGAGAAGGCUCCCGUGUGCAGUGUGCCCCCACCCCUUCCUUCAGCACUUGCAGAAAUGGGCACCGAUCAAGUGCAACCAUCUGUAAGCAAAGUCUCAGACGAUGUGGACAAAGAGGAUGAAUUUGGUUACAGCUGGAAAAAUAUCAGAGAGCGUUAUGGAACCCUAACGGGUGAGCUGCGUAUAAUUGAACUGGAGAAAGGUCGUAGUGGUUUGGGUCUGAGUCUCGCUGGGAAUAAAGAUCGAUCCAGGAUGAGCGUCUUUAUCGUGGGCAUUGAUCCAAAUGGAGCCGCGGGGAAGGAUGGUCGAUUGCAGAUCGCAGAUGAGCUCCUAGAGAUCAAUGGUCAAAUUCUCUAUGGAAGAAGUCAUCAGAAUGCCUCGUCAAUCAUUAAAUGUGCCCCGUCUAAAGUAAAAAUAAUUUUUAUCAGAAAUAAAGAUGCAGUGAAUCAGAUGGCCGUGUGUCCUGGGAAUACAGUGGAAUCUUCGCCUUCUACUUCAGAGAAUCUUCAAAAUAAGGAGGCAGAGCCAACUGUCGCUACUUCUGAUACUGUGGACCUCAGUGUGUUUAAAAAUGUGCAACAUUUGGAGCUCCCCAAGGACCAAGGGGGUUUAGGCAUUGCUAUCAGUGAAGAAGAUACGCUCAAUGGAGUCGUCAUAAAGAGUUUAACAGAGCAUGGAGUGGCAGCCAAGGAUGGAAGACUCAAAGUUGGAAGUAAGAUAUUGGCUGUAGAUGAUGAAAUUGUUGUUGGCUAUCCUGUCGAAAAGUUUAUUAGCCUUCUGAAGACAGCAAAGCCAACAGUAAAACUUACUAUUCGUGCUGAGAAUCCAGAUUCCCAGGCCAUGCCUUCCGCUGCUGGCGCAACCAAUGGAGAAAAGAAGAGUAGUGCCCAGUCUCCGAUGACCCCACAGUCUGGCUCCCCGGAGCCGGAGUCCAUCCGAAGUACAAGCAGAUCAUCAAUACCAGCGAUCCUUGAUUCUGAUCCUGCAACCUGCCCCAUCAUCCCUGGCUGCGAAACUACCAUUGAGAUUUCCAAAGGGCGAACAGGGCUGGGCCUCAGCAUCGUUGGGGGGUCUGACACGCUGCUGGGUGCCAUUAUUAUCCAUGAAGUUUAUGAAGAAGGAGCAGCGUGUAAAGAUGGAAGACUCUGGGCUGGAGAUCAGAUCUUAGAGGUAAAUGGAAUUGAUUUGAGAAAGGCCACACAUGACGAAGCAAUAAAUGUCCUGAGACAGACACCACAGAGAGUGCGCCUGACACUCUCCAGAGAUGAGGCCCCGUACAAAGAGGAGGACGUGUGUGACACCCUCACCAUCGAGCUGCAGAAGAAGCCAGGAAAAGGCCUGGGACUGAGUAUUGUUGGCAAAAGAAACGACACUGGAGUGUUUGUGUCAGACAUUGUCAAAGGAGGCAUUGCAGAUGCCGAUGGGAGACUGAUGCAGGGAGACCAGAUACUGAGGGUGAACGGAGAGGAUGUUCGUAACGCCACCCAGGAAGCUGUUGCUGCUUUGCUCAAGUGUUCCCUAGGCACAGUCACCUUGGAAGUUGGAAGAAUCAAAGCCGGUCCAUUCCAUUCCGAGAGGAGGCCUUCUCAAAGCAGCCAGGUGAGUGAAAGCAGCCUGUCAUCUUUCACUUUCCCACUUUCUGGAUCCAGUGCAUCAGAGUCCCUAGAAAGCAGCUCAAAGAAGAAUGCACUGGCAUCUGAAAUACAGGGAUUAAGAACCGUGGAAAUAAAAAAGGGCCCCACGGACUCACUGGGAAUCAGCAUUGCUGGGGGAUUGGGCAGCCCACUUGGUGAUGUGCCCAUAUUUAUUGCAAUGAUGCACCCAAAUGGAGUCGCAGCACAGACCCAAAAACUCAGAGUGGGGGAUAGGAUUGUCACCAUCAGUGGCACGUCCACCGAGGGGAUGACCCACACUCAAGCAGUUAACUUACUGAAAAAUGCAUCUGGCUCCAUUGAAAUACAGGUAGUUGCUGGAGGAGACGUCAGUGUGGUCACGGGUCAUCCGCAGGAACCGGCCAGUUCGGGGCUUUCUUUCCCUGGGCUGACAUCAAGCAGUAUCUUUCAGGAUGACUUAGGACCUCCUCAGUGCAAGUCCAUCACGCUGGACCGAGGACCAGAUGGCCUAGGCUUCAGUAUAGUGGGAGGAUACGGCAGCCCUCAUGGAGACUUACCCAUUUAUGUUAAAACAGUGUUUGCAAAGGGCGCAGCCUCCGAAGAUGGGCGUCUAAAGAGGGGCGAUCAGAUCAUUGCUGUCAAUGGGCAGAGUCUGGAAGGGGUCACCCAUGAAGAAGCUGUUGCCAUCCUGAAGCGGACAAAAGGCACGGUCACUUUGAUGGUUCUCUCCUGAGUUGGCUGCCAGAAUUCAGCCAACCCAACCACUCGCUCACCUCCUCCACAUAAAGAUAACGGAAUGGGUCCUGACUUUGACUCGGCCCUGUACAUCAGGGUCUUCAAAACUAAAGGGGGGAGAUGGCAUUUCAGUUUGUUUUUCUCAUCUAGAAAUGCUUUUCUUACUGACUACCUAAUAUCAUUUUUUCCCUUCCCCUUGCAUUCUGUGAACCUGAACUCAAAGAGAAGGAGUGUUUGCAUAGGUAAAUCAGGUUUUUAUUUGUGAAGAUUAUCUAACGUUUUAUAGUCAUGUGGGCAAAAAUUACUGUGUGCUAAGAUGGUUAGUGAAAAGACAAAUAAUGUUAAAGCUAACCAAAGAGAAAUCGCUUCAGUAGAUUAGGGUGAAAAAUGAAAAUAUAAAAUAAAGAAGAAAAUUUUGGGGAGUUUUAUAAAAAUGCCUCAAUUUGGCAAACUACCUCCUCUCCCCACCACAACGAAAAAAAAAUUAUUGAAAAUCUUAAAAAAUACUCUCAGUAUUUAAAUAAUUUGAAUGCAGUAUUAAGAAAAAUUGCAUCAGCCCACUUCUAUCAUACACAUACAUUUUUCCUGCUAAAAUCGGUUUCUAUGGUUGAGAAAGUAGCAAAAAUAUGAAGCAAUGUCCCUAAAUUUUGUUUAAAAAAAUCAUGUUCAAUGCACAUCUCAAUGUUCAUUUUUAUUUUUUGUCCUAUUAUAAAAGAAUAUGAUGUUGCUUUAGGUAAAAUCAUGAUGCUACCCCAUUUUGACUGUGGUUUUUCUAGAAAGCAACCAUGCUAACCGUGGAAGAACACAGAAGGGUUCCAGAAUCUUUUAGUGCCGGCUUCAACCACUGAUUCAACACUAAAAAUGUGUUAGUGUGCUGUGCAAUUGGUUUUCAGUUAGUGUUCAUGUUAAUGACAGAGAAAAAAGCAAUGUGUUAGUCAUUAUUUUGGUUGUAUGCCAUUAGUAAAUUGAUAGAAAAAUUAAGGGGAUUAGCAUAACUUCAUUUCAUUGCCUUAUAUUAACAUCUUAUAAUACAAUAGUUUAAGACUAAGGGAAACAGAUGGAGCUGUUUAUUGAGACAACUGGUGAAGAAUUAUCAUGUGUUCGUUCCCAUUUUAGAGCGUGAAACUCCUACAUUAGAAUAUAUAAAGUCACUUUAAAUAUUAUCUAUCUUUGUAACAGAAGUAGUGUACAGAUAUUUUAUUACAGCAUUUUUGUGUACAUGCAGAACUCAAGCGAAUAAAUAAGAAGUUUCAGUGGUGCACAAAUAAAGAAGCAGCCGCCGUAUCUUCUCAUUUGUUCUUUUUGCUGGGGAAAAGCUUUAUUCUACUGCUUAAGAUUUACAACUUAAAAUUGGUUUUUAACCAUGUCUAACUGCACAUAUGGUGUCCAUAGUUACAGUUAGAGCAAUUUUGGACAACAUCAUUGUGAAAAGCUCAAUAUUUUCUUACCUCCACAAUUUUCCUGACACUAAAGAGUCAUAGUCUCUUCAUGGAUCAGAGAUAGAUGGCACUGUAGACGGAGAAGUGUCCUGCCUGUACAUAUCCUGGGAUGCUAUAACGCAGUAUUACGAGUUGCUCUUUAAGGUAGUCAAGAGCUAAAGUGUAUUUGGAUGGAAAUAUUAUAGUGAAAAUUAUUUAUGUUAAUAAACGUGAAAAGUCCAAUUUAAACACU